AAAUAGUCGUUUCACAAAUAUUUCAUUCGUGUGUAAGCUUGUCGUGACUUUUAUUAGUAUUUCGUGUCUUAAUCAAAAGCUUAAAAAAUGGGUGAACGAACUGUCGACGCAAUAACCUUUGUGAUAACAUUCUUAAUAAUAUCUGCUAAUGCGGCUUUGAUCUGCAUAUAUUCGGGCUUUGAUCAUGAGACGCAAAGUUUUAAAAACAUACUUAUUACUAUUUUCAUAGUGUUAUUCUUUCAACUAACCAUUGCGGAUCCAAUUAAGUUUAUAAUUAUUUCAAUUGAUAAAGCCUGUUGGCCUGAACCAAUGCCCAGGGAGCGUCCCUUAAAGAAGAAGGACUCCAAAGAUAAUGAUCGUAUUGAAUUUCUCAAGCAGAGAUUGCAAAGCUUUAAGUUUCAGUUGUUGAUCACGGAGCGGUAUCGAAACACAGCCCUUAAUGAAUCAUAUAAACAAAUUGCUCAAGAUCUGUUUCUUUUUUUCAAGUUCUUCUUUGUGCUUUUCUUUCUGCUACUGUCUACUCGUAAUGAGCUAACAUACCAUAAUAAUCAGAACUUGAGAGAGCUGCUAACUAACAAUCAUUCGGACUACAUGGGAAUUAAUCACGUAGUUCAUCUUAAUCAAAUUUUUGAUUUCGUCGAGUCCUCUUUGGUGGACACUUUUAAUUAUUAUAAGACUGAGGAUCGUAUUUACUCGUGGGUACACAGCGAGCAAACUAAAAUGAUCGGCGUAGUGCGAUUGCGUCAAUUGCGUUUUUUAUUUGAGGACUAUGAUUUUAGAGAUCCUCAAUUUGAUGAUAAAUUAUACAUGCCCGGCUGGGCUUUACCAUAUCGUCGGCUGCAUUAUGAAGAUAAGUACUGGCGUAUAUAUGAUCCUUGGAAGCCCAUUAACGGUCGUCAUGAUUUUGUCGAUUCGGUGGUAAUGAACUUCAACCAUGAUGGUAAAUUGCAUUAUUAUCCUGAGCUCGAGGGUUACGUCUCACUGCUCGCUGUAACGAAAGCAAACUCAAUGAAAAUACUAGACUACCUUACAGAAUAUACCUGGUUGAACUACAAUACUUCGGCAAUUUUUAUGGAUUUUUCGCUCUUCAAUAUGGAUGCGAAUAUAAUUAGCAUAUGCACAUUACGCCUAGAGCAAACACCUUAUGGUAGCGUAAUUCCCGAUGUUGACUGUGAUAGUAUUGACAUGCUUUUGGAACUUGAUCAAGAAUCCUACACUAACUUGCUUGUCAAGUUGAUUUAUAUAAUUGUUGUUGUGCAAUUCUCUCAAGCAUUAUUUAUAACGCUGUGGUAUGAUCGAUCAAAAAUACGUAGCAUGUGGAUCAAGAUGGACUUGAUUAUAUUCGCGCUGAAUUUUUUAGUAAUUGUAUGCGUCAUUUUGCAAUCUGCCUUGCUGUCUUCAAUGAGUAAGAGAUUAGAGGGUUCAAACAAACUUGAUUUCGUUGAUUUUCGACGCCCAGCUCGACUUAAUGCGCUUAAUAAUAUAUUAUAUGGAUUCCUUAUCUGCAUCACUACUCUUCGCAUAUGGAAGAUAUUACAGUUUUCCAAUUUAUUUAAAAUAUUUACAAGAACAUUAUACUUGGCCUGGAAGCCAUUGGCUAUAACUGGCAUUAUUAUAUUUAUUACUUUGAUGUCAUUUAGUAUUGUUGCUGCCACAAUCAAUGGCAACAAUAGCGAGAACUUUGUGCGACCUUUUCAAAGCAUUAUAUCAUUAAUGUGCUUCUCCUUUGGAUUUACCUCAGAAAUAACCCCAGAUGAGCUCUUUCAUGGUGGCAAAUAUUUAGGCAUAUUUCUCUAUGCAAUGAUGGGAUUUGUUCUUUCCAUACUCUUGACCAAUGUUUUUAUGACACUAAUAAACGAUUAUUUCACAACUGCCAGAGCAACGCGUGAUGCCGCAGUUAAGAAUCAAAUAUCAUUUUUUCAAUUUAUGCGCGUUGAAUACUAUGAUUUUUGUAAUUUCUUUUUGAACAUUUUUCGUCCUCGUAAGGUUUACAAAAGAAACAACCGCACAGUAGCCGAAAAUAUUGAACUACUGCUGAGCAAGAAUAAGGCAGAACCUUUAAGUAUUAAAUAUCGCGUUGGGCGUACUUUAUUCAUGGGCUUCAACGCAGGAAAAGAAGAACAAAGAGUAAAAGAUGAAGAAACACAGCAAUUGGAGUAUAGAGAACGUAUAGAGCAUAUGAAAACGGUUCAACUUAUACUAAACACCCAAAUGGAAAUUAUGGAACGCCUGCUAUUUACGGAUAAGGAUGACAAUUUUCAGAAAUCUGUUGAUCUUGAGAAAAAGGCAUAACUUCUAUAGAGCCUGAGGGAAU